AUUUAUUCCCUCCGAAGACGAUUGUUUAUUGUCUGGGUGUCCGGGUGUUUGCACAAUGAGUUCAUAUAACGAAGAUUGUUUCUGUAGCGCCCUCCUAGAAGACAGAGUGGAUCCGGAAGUUAUUGAUCGGCACUGUAGCGAAAGUGACUUUUCAGGGCUUCUAUUUCCGAAAGGUGACGGAAUUUACACUAUCAAGCCGAACUUCAUAGAACGAGGUCCAAGGUCGACCUUGUCACAGGCUAAGCCUGUGAAAAUCCUGUCGACGAAGUUUCCGGUGAAAGCCGUUGCAUCUGAUGUACGAAAGAUGAAAAUCUUCUUCUAUGAAUACAGUACUAAUGUGAUAAAGUCAUUGUCAACUUUGGAAAACAGUGAGCCAGAAGUGGUCUCCCUUGCUGUUGGAGAAGUAGGGAGUCUUGCGUUUGAUGGAAAUUACUUGUACUGGACAGAUAUCGAAUAUGGCCACAUUAUGGUUGUUAGGGAGGACGGAACCUUUCCACAUAUACUUCAUCGGGAUCUUGGUCAACCGAAAGCAUUAGCCUUACAUCCUCAGAGAAGGGUCAUGAUCUGGAGCGAACUUGCUACAGGAACACUAAUGUGGUCUUAUCUAGAUGGUUCCUCAAAAACUCAAAUUAAUAUGAUGACAACAUAUCAAAUACGUGACAUAGCCAUUGACUUUUCUAGUGGCAGUGAGGUCAGAAUGUAUUUAUGUGACGAUUCGGCUGUCUACGAGACGGACAAAGGAGGGUCCUUCUUCAUCAUCCACUACCGUAAAACAUUUAGACAUAGAUUUACAGGAAUGACAAUCCUUCACGAUUAUCUAGUUCUUACCGACACAAAAUUAAAAUCAAGCGGACUCCACGUCUUUGACAGAAAGGUCUUUGAUAAAGAUGGCCGUAUCAGAAAUGUCGGUGAAAGUUUGUUCCCAUUCUACAAAUACGGAAACUGGUACGGGGCCAGGUACCAUCACAUUAGCAAUCAGCCAAAAAACAAACUAGACAUAUGUCGUGUGAAGCGAGCCAAGUGUGAACAUCUGUGUUUACCAGGAUCUAGAAGUUACACGUGCGUGUGUAGCACAGGUUACAAAAAGAAUGACUCUGAUUGUAUCAUAGACGAGCCUUACACAACUUUUAUCUUUGUCUCGGACAUGAGGUACUCGAAGUUAUUGCAGAUCCCGGAUGUCACCAGGCAGUUUGUAGCCGUACCGACACAAGGACUGCAUCAACCGUACUCGUUAGCCUAUGACCCCGUCUACAAAAUGUUAUACUGGUCUGAUCUUGAAACGGGUACCAUUUCCAGGUCGUUCAUGAAUGGAACCAACCAAGAAGUCAUCAAAUAUGAUCCACACGCAUAUUUUAUAGGACUAUUCAUUGAGCCAGGAUCUCGUCUGUUAUUGUACAUGGUCAGAAACAAGCCCGAGUUUGACCUUUACAGACAGCCAAUCGGAAGCCUUGUUGCAAUGAAUAUUGACACUAUGAAAUCUGCAGUUCUUUUGAAAAGAGCACUUGGUGCCCCGCAUAGUGUCACAGUCAACGUGAAGCACGGGUAUAUUUACAUGACCGAGCAAAGAAAUAUUUGGCGCAUCAACUUUGGGAACUUUACAGACUUUAUUUGUUUAGCAUCACAGGUCCUGUCUACAAUAGUAACAACAGCAGACGACUAUGUGUAUUUUGUGAACGAGAUUCCAGUAGAGACCUACUAUGAGCCUAAGAAGACACAGAUUGUGAGGUUUGGUAUUGAUGGGGAAAAUAUGACAGCCCUGUUUGACCUGAAGGGUGGCACGGUAUAUGACCUAGCAGUGGAUAAAUACUUCAUUUACUGGAUCAACGGAUCGACCAGGAGUGUUCAGAGGGUAAAUUUAGAUAACUAUGACGUGAUAGAAGAUGUUGGACCUUCAAAGAGCUUAUUCAAGCCGACAAGCCUGUAUGUUAGUCCCACAGAAUAUAAUUAUGAUUCUGUAUGUACGAAUUUUGAGUGUAAAGGAGUAUGUCUACCUGCCUUGACAGAAGCUGUAUGUGAGGAAAAUUCAGUCUCUGAAAUUGUCGAAGUUCAUAACGAUUCAGCGCUAUGUGUAAUACCGGAUAUCAAAUACGGCGAUAUUCUUCAUAACCAAGCUGGUCGGGUGGUACCACGUGGGUACACGGCAACUGUUCAAUGUUUUCCUGCCCAUGCGGUAACAGGGUCUGCGACAAUUACAUGUUUAGGCGGUGUAUGGAGUGACACCCCGACAUGUAAUUUAGAAUAUUCAAUUUGUGGAACACCGAAGAAAGGUUAUAAAGUAUACAGAGAAUCUGGAAGUUUCUUUGUAUAUCCUGGCGCUACAUUAUUAGCCGUGAUAUGUAUUGGUGGAGGUGGCGGUGGUUAUGACGUCAAAAAUGACGUCAUUGUACGUUCAGGAAAAGCUGGUGACGGCGGAGACAGCAGUUUCGGUUCCCAUUUAAACGCAUUUGGUGGCACAGGCGGAUCAGUCAACGAAGGUGGAAAAGGCGGUAAAGGGCACAUGGACGGAGGACCUGGCUCAGCAGGAUCCAAUUGCACCACCGGUGGCACUGCUGGUGUAGGUCAAAUUACCCCUGAUACCGGGGAACCCGACUAUUCUGCCGAAUUGUUCUGUGGAACUGGGGGUUUCUCGCAUGAAUGCACGAGUAUCCAAGAAACGUUAGACGAAUACGCGGGUCCUGGAGGAAGAGACGGAAAUGGGAGUUACGCUGGAAAUUUUGGAGGAGGUGCAGGACGCCAGGAAGGCGGAAGUGGCGGCGGUGGUGGAUGGAGCAGUCUAACUUUCUCACUUCCGGAAAAAGAGCUGGUUCCAGUAACAGUAGGAGAAGCUGGUUUCCCGUCAUACGGUACUCCAGCACCUGGACUGGUUGUUGUCUCUUGGGGCGACUUCCGCAUAGACAGAUUCGCAAAAAGCUAUGACAUCAUCAACGAAUGUGUUCUAGGCGAUGUUGAUUAUGAACUGUAACAAGUGUGAAAUAUAUAAUUGAAGAAUC